AUUAAAACUCUACCUAUUUCUCUGUAAGUGUCAUCUGCUUCUGUUGAAAAUUGUUGUAGAAAAAACGGUAAAGCGAAUACAGAGCCAGGUCCCUUUUGUGACGGUAAGAUGAGAGGUCUUGGUCUUCUUGGCUUGUUCCCGGGAAAUUAAUAUUCUGUUCGGAAAUUUACUAUGAGUUUCUGGGAAUUGAUUGGUGGACGUUGUUGAGACGUCAAGGAACUAUAAUUUAUUCCCUCUGAUGAAUUUGUCUUCCAAGUAAUAUAUUUAUUGACGAGUGUCUUUCUAUAUAUAUAUACUAUCCAUCGUGACAGACUCGAACAAUUAUUCUCGUUUCCAUUGCCUAAUGAAACAGAGUUAUGCAAUGGACAUUACUAUCCAUUUUCUCCUCCUCGACUCCAAUUACUUUCCAAUGUUCUCCAUUUUCUUCAAUCUGCUUUUGUUGUUUGUUAUGUUUGGUUCCUGUGUUUACAAGAAAAGGGUGGCUUGUGACAAUAGUGAUGGUUUUACGAGUGAGAGAUUUAAGGAUAUGUCUUUAACAUACAAGAAACUGGUCGUUAUAUGUUGUGAGUCUUUUUCUGCCUUGAAUUCAGUCUUGUUGUUGGUAAGUUGCUUCCACCUGCAUACAAAUGGUUGGGAUCGCAGUGAACUGAUGGUUAUUUUAGAUCAUCUAUUUACAGUCCUUUCUUGGGGUGCCAUCUCUUUCUACCUUCGUAGUUUAUCCACCAAUUCUCAUGAUCAAAAGUUUCCUAUUUUGCUUAGAGUCUGGUGGGUUUUCUAUUUUAUGUUUUCUUUCUACCGUCUUUUGGUAGACAUUUCUCUAUACAAGAAGCAAGAACUGGUGUCAGUUCACCUUUUACUGUCUGAUGUUGUGGCCGUUAGCAUGGGGUUGUUUCUUUGCUAUUCAUGUUUUCAGAAGCAAAGAGAAGGUGAAAGGAUCAACAUACUCGAAGAACCCUUCUUGAAUGAAGGUGAAACUAGAGCGGCUACUCCUGUGCAGUUGGAUAAGGCCGAAGAUGAUGAGGUUGUUACACCUUUUUCGAACGCUGGGUUUCUAAGCCAUGUAAGUUUCUCUUGGAUGAGUCCUUUGAUUGUCUUAGGAAACGCGAAAAUCAUAGACAGCGAGGAUGUUCCUCAAGUUGACAGUAGUGACAGAGCUGAGAAACUAUUUGAGAUACUUAGGAGUAAGCUUGAAUGGGACGAUGGUGAAAGAAGAAUCACCACGUUUAAGCUUAUUAAGGCACUCUUCUUUUCAGUAUGGCGAGAUAUUCUCUUGUCAACUCUGUUUGCUUUUCUCUACACAGUCUCUUGCUACGUUGCACCGUAUCUCAUGGAUACUUUCGUUCAGUACCUGAACGGUCGAAGACAAUAUACAAACGAAGGGUUUGUUUUAGUGACAACUUUUUUUGUUGCUAAGCUCGUAGAAUGCCAAGCUCGGAGGAAUUGGUACUUCAGGUUGCAGAAAGCUGGGAUUGGAAUGAGAUCUGUCCUGGUUACGAUGAUCUAUGAAAAGGGCUUGACACUUCCCUGUUAUUCUAUGCAAGGACACAGUAGUGGUGAGAUCAUAAAUCUCAUGACAGUAGAUGCUGAGAGAAUCAGUGCUUUCAGUUGGUAUAUGCAUGAUCCAUGGAUACUUGUCUUACAAAUCAGUUUAGCCUUACUGAUCUUAUACAGAAGUCUUGGGCUAGGAUCCAUUGCUGCUUUUGCUGCAACUUUUUUGGUUAUGCUGGGAAACAUUCCCUUGGCAAAGUUGGAAGAGAAGUUUCAGGGGAACUUAAUGGAAUCUAAAGAUAACAGGAUGAAGAAAACAGCGGAAGUCUUACUGAACAUGAGGAUUCUUAAACUUCAGGGAUGGGAGAUGAAGUUUCUUCAUAAGAUUCUUGACCUUAGACGCAUUGAAGCAGGGUGGCUUAAGAAGUUUGUGUAUAACUCGGCAGCUAUCAGCUCUGUUCUAUGGGCUGCACCUUCUUUUGUUUCCGCAACAGCUUUUGGUGCUUGUAUGCUUCUGAAGAUUCCUCUUGAAUCGGGAAAGAUAAUAGCUGCUCUUGCAACUUUUCGAAUUCUGCAAAAUCCGAUAUACAAACUUCCUGAUACAAUCUCCAUGAUUGUUCAGACAAAGGUAUCUCUUGAUAGGAUUGCAUCUUUCCUUUGUCUUGAUGAUUUGCAGCAAGAUAGUGUGGAGAGAAUUCCUAGUGGAAGUUCAAAUAUGGCUGUAGAAAUUAGCAAUGGUGCUUUCUCUUGGGAUGACUCUUCUACCAUCCCGAUGCUGAGAGACAUAAGUUUCAAAAUUUCUCAUGGGAUGAAUAUUGCUAUUUGUGGUACUGUUGGUUCGGGGAAAUCAAGCUUACUCUCAUCCAUACUAGGUGAAGUUCCCAAAAUAUCUGGAAAUCUUAAGGUUUGUGGAAGAAAGGCAUACAUUGCACAGUCGCCUUGGAUCCAGAGCGGCAAGGUCGAAGAUAACAUUCUGUUUGGUAAGCCAAUGCAGAGAGAAUGGUACGAAAGGGUGCUUGAAGCGUGUUCUUUGAAUAAGGACUUGAGGGUACUUCCGUUCCGUGAUCAGACGGUUAUUGGGGAAAGAGGUAUCAAUCUAAGCGGUGGACAGAAGCAGCGGGUACAGAUUGCACGUGCUCUUUACCAAGACGCAGAUAUAUAUCUAUUUGAUGACCCUUUUAGUGCAGUAGACGCUCAUACUGGAUCACAUCUCUUCAAGGAAGUCCUGCGGGGGCUUCUGAGAAACAAGACAGUCAUAUACGUCACUCAUCAACUUGAAUUCUUGCCUGAAGCUGAUCUUAUACUGGUCAUGAAAGAUGGGAAGAUCACACAAGCGGGAAAGUACAAUGAAAUUCUUGAGUCAGGAACCGAUUUCAUGGAACUUGUAGGAGCUCACACUGAUGCCUUAGCAGCAGUUGAUUCAUAUGAAAAGGGAUCUGCUUCAGCACAAUUAACUACAAGCAAAGAUAACAAAGUUUCCAACGAAGAAGAAAAACAAGAGGAAGACUUGCCGCCUAACCCGAAAGGACAACUAGUUCAACAAGAAGAGAGGGAGAAAGGUCAAGUUGGGUUCACUGUAUACAAAAAGUAUAUGGCACUGGCGUAUGGUGGAGCACUUGUGCCUAUUAUAUUGGUUGUACAGAUUCUCUUUCAGAUUUUAAACAUUGGGAGUAACUAUUGGAUGGCUUGGGUAACUCCAGUUUCUCAGGAUGUUAAACCUCCAGUGAGUGGCUCUACAUUGAUUCUAGUCUAUGUAGUUCUAGCCACUGCAAGCUCCUUCUGCAUACUUGUCAGAGCAAUGCUGGCUGCGAUGACUGGUUUCAAGAUAGCUACUGAACUUUUCAAUCAAAUGCAUCGUUGUAUUUUUCGAGCCUCCAUGUCAUUCUUUGAUGCUACACCAAUCGGCCGAAUUUUGAAUAGAGCUUCUACAGAUCAAAGUGCCGUGGAUUUGAGAUUGCCAAGUCAAUUUUCAAUUCUUGCUAUCACUGUUGUAAACAUUUUGGGGAUUAUUGGAGUGAUGGGACAGGUUGCUUGGCAGGUCCUUAUUGUCUUCUUCCCUGUCAUUGCUGCAUGCACCUGGUAUCGGCAAUAUUACAUAUCUGCGGCUCGGGAACUCGCAAGAUUAGCUGGAAUAAGCAGAUCGCCUUUGGUGCAGCAUUUUUCUGAAACACUUUCAGGGAUAACAACU